AUGGCCGGCGCCAGAUUCGUCGAAGAAAUGGUGUCGCUAGGGGGCCAGGAAUUCUACGACAUCACCGUCAUCGGCGAGGAAACCUGGGGCAAUUACAACCGUAUCCUGCUCUCUGGCGUUCUCUCGGGUUCCCACGACCCCGACGACAUCUUUAUCAACCCCCUCAGCUGGUACGAGGAAAACGGCGUAACUCUCCACGCCGGCACCCGCGUCAUCGGCAUCGACCGCAAAGGGAAGAUGGCCUACGGAGCCGGCGGGCUCCUGUUGCCCUAUGACAAGUUGGUAAUCGCCACCGGCAGCAGCGCCUUCGUCCCUCCCAUGGAGGGGUUGAUGGACGACGACGGCGGCUACAAAUCAGGCGCUUUCGUGUUUCGCACUCUCGACGAUUGCACCGAGAUCAUCAAUUACGCCGAUAACGCCAAAAAAGCCGCCGUCAUCGGCGGCGGUUUGCUCGGUUUGGAAGCCGCUCGCGGCCUGAUGAACCGCGGCCUCGAAGUCGACGUCAUCCACCUCAUGGGUUGGCUCAUGGAUACCCAGCUCGACUCCCAAUCGGGCCAGCUGCUGAAGCAAAGCCUGGAGGGUCUGGGCGUCAGGUUCCAUCUGGAAAAGCUCACCACCACAGUGCUCGGCGACGGCCACGUCACCGGAUUGCAGUUCAAAGACGGGGGAAUGCUGGAUUGCGAGAUGGUCGUGAUCUCAGCGGGCAUCCGGGCCAACGUCGAUCUGGCUCGCAUGGCCGGGCUGCACGUCCGCCGCGGCAUCCUGGUCAAUGACAGCCUGGCGUGCCGCAACGAUCAGGACAUCUACGCCAUCGGAGAAUGCGCCGAACACCGCACCCAGGUUUACGGUCUCGUUGCCCCACUGUGGGAACAGGCUCGCGUACUGGCCGAACGGCUCGCUGGACGCAACGCCGAUGCCGUAUACACCGGUUCGCGCGUAUCAACCAAGCUGAAGGUAAUGGGCGUGGAGCUGGCCGUAGCCGGCGACAAAGACCCGAUGAGCGAAGACGACGAGGUUGUAACCUACAUCGAACCCAACCGCAACGUUUACAAGAAGGUCAUCGUUCGCGAUGGCAAGGUCACCGGCGCUAUUCUGCUGGGGGAUGGCCUCACUGUCCCCCGGAUUUUGCAAGCCUUUGACCGCCAGGAAGCGCUGCCCGAAAACCGCUCUGAAUUGCUCUUUCCCCUGGCCGCCGACGCCGUAGCGAGUUUGAACGUUGAGGAUCUGCCCGACGACGCCCAGAUAUGCAACUGCAACGGCGUCACCAAGGCCAGGAUCGUCGCUGCCGUUGACGGUGGGCAUCGCAGCCUCAAGGCAGUAUGCGACGCCACCCGCGCCGGAACCGGCUGCGGGUCCUGCAAGAUGCAGGUUCAGGCUGUCCUGGAACUGGCCGCCGAUGGCCUGGUCGCUGACGAUCCUUCGGCGCAUUACUACGUACCCGGCAUCGCCCUCACCAAGCCCGAGCUGAUCGGCGCCAUCAAGGCAAUGAGCCUGAAGAGCGUUUCGGCGGUGUUCGAUGGGUUGUCCGGAGGCAAGGAAGACGCCGGCAGCAAGCUGGGUUUGGCAUCGCUGCUGCGCACAAUCUGGGGCGCAGACUACGAAGACGAACGCGACGCCCGCUACAUCAACGACCGGGUUCACGCCAACAUCCAGAAGACGGACGUUCGGCGUGGUGCCGCGCAUCUAUGGCGGUAUCACCUCGCCCGACGAGCUGCGACCGCAUCGCCGACGCUGCCGAAAAGUACGAAGCCAAGAUGGUGA